AUGAGGCUCAUCAACGCGGAGAAAUUCAAAAACUGGCAAGAUGGCAGUGAACCUGAUUUUUUCGAAGAGUGUUUUAACCGCCCUCCCCCGGGUUAUGCAAUCCUUUCUCACACCUGGGAUGAAGCGGACCAAGAGGUCACUUACCAAGAUUGCCACUCUAAGAUGAAUAGUUCCAAGACGGGGCACGCAAAGAUUUUCCAGACAUGCGAGCGGGCGUUAGAGGAUGACAUCGAAUACGUCUGGGUUGAUACCUGUUGCAUCGAUAAAAGGAGCAGUGCUGAGCUCAGUGAAGGUAUCAAUUCCAUGUUCAAAUGGUAUCAGAACGCAAAGGUUUGCUAUGCAUACUUGAGUGAUUGGGCUGUCGAUGGAAACUUGAAGCGGUGCAGAUGGUUUACCCGCGGCUGGACUCUACAAGAACUUAUUGCGCCCAAAACCAUCAAGUUUUUCGACGAGAACUGGGGCCCUGGGGGUACAAAGAGCGAUCUAUGCCAUGUACUCUCUCGAAUCACAUCAAUCGACACGGCCAUUCUAACGCAUGAGACAUCUCUCUCUUCAGUGAGCGUUGCAAAGCGGCUGUCCUGGGCUUCCAAACGAGUGACCUCUCGUGUUGAAGAUAUAGCAUACUGCUUGCUGGGGAUAUUCGACAUCGCGAUGCCGAUGCUUUACGGAGAAGGCACAAAAGCGUUUUACCGACUCCAAGAGGAGAUCCUGAGAUCCACUUGUGAUUUGAGCCUUCUGGCUUGGACUCCGACCAGCAUAAAUGCUGAUUAUUGCGGUUUCUUUGCUACCUCAGUUACCGACUUUGAAAAUUGUCACAAUAUGGACCUUGUCACAGACGCCCUCUUGGAUGAUGGCGAUAUACAUCUCACCAGUAAAGGGCUAAGGAUCGGCGUGCCAGAAUACCUCCUCGAAACCAAAAGUAGAACGAGCACUAGAACUAGAGCCAAACCCACUAAGAGUUCUCAGUAUGCGCUCAAGCUCAAUUGCAUGGACCCGGAAUUCAAGGAGGACGGCAAGGGGGAUUUUCUUACGAUUCCAAUGCGUAAGAUUGGUCCAAAUAUCUUUGUUCGGGCUCGCGCCCUAGCACCGCCAUUCAAAGACAACGAGCCAUAUGAAUUCAGGCCGGUACCCGUCGAGUUUGCGCAAACCGAGGUCCGCAAUAUGCUUUUCCUGACGACGCUGCCGAGGUCGAUCGGGACACUACGACCGGGUGUAGACAUUGGCAAAUCAAGUCGCUCCACACUUGUCAAGAUUGAGUUUACACGCGAUAUAAUGAAACAUGCUGGUAUAAGCAGGGCUCCGAAUGAGGUUUGGGAUGAGGAAGAUGGGGCCUUUUUGGGCAGUCGUGCCUCACUCGACAACUGGGCCGCAAUUGGGUUCCGCGAGUUCGAGAUUAUAUUCGUGUGCUUCUGGAAGAAGAGCGGAGAUGAGUGGGACUUUCGGGGAACUCUUUUACGUCUAGAGGAAGGGGACAAUUAUGCCUUGUGGCGCGACUUGCUUACCUCGGCCAAGAGACAGCCCAUCCUGAGCAACUCAAAGGCCCGCCUCCUCCAAGUGGCUCUUGGGGAUUCCAUCCAGUGCACUGAGAUUGGUGGUCUAGUUGACCAGAAGGACGGCCCUGAAGACAAGCCAAACUUCAUGAAGGACGGCCCUGAAGACAAGCCAAACUUCAUGGUGUGGGACGGUAAGAUCCGCGAGGAGAGCUGGAAGAAGGGCAAAGACGGCCCUGAUGAUAAACCCAACUUUAUGGCGUGGGACGGCAAGAUCCACGAGGAGAGCUGA